CAAUAUGAUCAAUAGAAGCUUUCUUUUUCAUUUUUGUUAUGAUAUUUAGAUUUUGGUCUAUUUGGUUUUUGAGAAGACGUUAGGAAAGUGGAAACUUUGAAUUUUUAGAUGUUCAUUUUUGGUGCCCAAAAGGUUAAAAAGUAUAUACUUGCAUCGUACUUUUAAGUUUAUAGCAUUUUCUCAGCAAACAAGCAAGAGGGUUUGUGAGUAAGAAGGGAAAGAAUUUUUUUUGUAAUGGAAUCAAUUUUUGGGUUAUUUUUUGUAGGGACCCAUUCGAGGGAAGAAUAUUUUGUAAUUGUUAAAAUUGUAGCUUAAAAAUUGGAGAAAAUGCCUUCUUUGAAGAUUGAACCUGGUCAUGAAGACACAGUCCAUGACGUGGCAAUGGAUUACUAUGGUAAGCGCAUUGCCACUGCAUCGUCAGACUACUCAAUUAAGAUCAUAGGUGUGGGCAAUAACACCUCUCAGCAUUUGGCUAAGCUGAAUGGUCACAAAGGACCUGUUUGGGAGGUGGCAUGGGCUCACCCGAAGUUUGGAUCACUACUUGCUUCGUGUUCCUAUGAUGGGAAUGUCAUAAUAUGGAAGGAGGGUAAUAAUAAUGAGUGGAGUCAAGCUCAUGUCUUUGAUGACCAUAAAUCUUCGGUCAAUUCAAUUGCUUGGGCUCCUCAUGAACUCGGUCUAUGUUUGGCUUGUGGUUCAUCUGAUGGGAACAUAUCAGUUUUUACUGCAAGAGCUGAUGGUGGCUGGGAUUCAUCAAGGAUUGACCAAGCUCACCCAGUUGGUGUGACUUCUGUUUCAUGGGCCCCAUCAACGGCGCCUGGUGCACUUGUGGGUUCUGGCUUGCUUGACCCAGUUCAGAAGCUUUGCUCGGGUGGUUGUGAUAACACUGUGAAGGUGUGGAAGCUGAACAAUGGGCUUUGGAAGAUGGACUGCUUUCCAGCUCUUCAAAUGCAUACUGAUUGGGUUAGAGAUGUCGCUUGGGCACCCAACCUGGGGCUUCCAAAAUCUACUAUUGCAAGUGCCUCCGAGGACGGAAGAGUUAUCAUAUGGACUGUGGCCAGGGAAGGAGAUCAAUGGGAUGGUAAGGUGUUGAAUGACUUCAAGACCCCUGUUUGGAGAGUCAAUUGGUCAAUGACUGGAAACAUAUUGGCUGUGGCUGAUGGGAACAACAAUGUAACAUUGUGGGAAGAAGCAGCAGAGGGGGAUUGGCGACAGGUGACAGCAGUUGAGCCAUAGAACUUAAAAGUUUUUCGGUUCUCUCAUGUACUGCAGGAUCAUGUUUCAGAUCCUCAUUAUUACCUUCUGUUAGGAAUUCAUGACAAAAAAUUAACUUCUGUUGGGACUCUUCACGUGAAACCUUGCUUCUUUUUACAUUAUUGCGUAGUUUCAGUGAUAUUUUAUGGAAAUAUUUGAACUUUAAAGUUUUGAACUUUUAACUUCUAUGAAAAACCUCAGUUUUAUGUCAUGAAGACAGAUAUGUGGUUUCAUAUGAGAUACUCAGAUACUUGUUCCAACUCUUAAGAAGACCAUCUGGAUAUUUUUUGUGAAUG